AUGGUCUAUUUGUCGAUUGCCACUUCUUCCUUCCAGUCUCAGGUGUCUGAUCUGCUGCCAUGUAAUAACAAUAAUAAGUCUACCCUUAUUUACACAAUGCUAAAGGCCUACGGACUUCUGCAGUAUUUUAAUCAAGUUAUAGAUCUGCCAAGCUGUUCAAAAUCUGACUUUCGACUGUUUCAUUCAAAAGAGUACUUGGAAAUUCUACUGGAUCCCCUGCUUAACGAGACUUUAGAAUGGGAAGAUGAUGCAGAGUGGCAGAAGAUGGGGUUAGUAGCUUCUGCAUGGACUGAGCUUCAUCAAGUGGCUGACAGCAAACAACCUGGGUGGUUUGAGUCUAAGCGUCGACUAUACCAACAUUUUUCAGAUGACACUUGUGUAAACUCUGCGGACACUCCACCAAAAAAAUCGCGAUGGGAUGAACUACAAGAAUUACUAGCUGCCGAAGAUCCAGAGCUAAAUCCAAAUUCAGGGUCCGCGCCAAACGUUGAAGUCGAGGCUUUCCUUUUUGAAGAGCACAAGCUGAAUGAAUUUGGUUUAUGCCACGAUUGUCAUGUUUUUGGUUAUCUGCCCAUGUAUUGCCAUGUUGUGACUGGGGCAACAUUGGCUUUAGCACGAUGCGCUUCCAAUCAAAAAACGCGAACAGUAUCAAUUAAUUGGGAUGGAGGUCGGCAUCAUGCCUUGAGGUCAAAGGCGAGCGGUUUUUGCUACGUGAAUGACAUCUCCAUUCUAAUUCAAAAGCUAAGGAGACUUGGAAUACAAAACGUAAGCUAUGUUGAUUUUGAUUUGCAUCACGGAGAUGGGGUUGAGCGUGCAUUUCAAUACUCUACAAACGUUCAGAGCAUAUCUGUUCAUCUAUUAGAACCAGGCUUUUUCCCAGGUUCAGGGACUCUCAAGGACGCAAGUCGUGGUAAAAAUGUGGUCAACAUUCCUGUACUCCAUGGAUUUGACGACGCUUGUUUGCGUAAGGUUGUGCACCGGAUUAUUAUCCCAUGUUUGCAGCGCCAUGCCCCUCAAGUUAUUGUGAUACAAUGCGGAGCGGAUGGAUUAAUGGGGGACAAAUAUGCAGAAUGGCAGUUGACAAUCAAAGGACUUGCUACAAAUAUCUUGGAAUUGGUUCGCGCUUUUCCACAGGCUAAUAUAGUACUUUUGGGUGGUGGUGGGUAUAAUGAAAAGCUUACGAGUCGUUUUUACACAUAUCUGACCUGGAUACUCAUCUCAGAAUUUUCAGAUAUGUGCAAUUCCUCUAAUCCGUUCAAUCGCGACGAAGAUGUAAUUCCCGACCACGAAUUUUUAGAGUGCUACAAGGAAGAGUUUUACAAAUUUUGGUACUACGAUACAAAUGGCUGUCACACCAAAUUCUUGAAAAAUGACAACAGCGCCGAUUAUAUCGAGAGAUUAGUCCGUUUUUAUGAUUUGUGA